GACCUCGUCUUCUUCUCCUUCGCCACCCAAACACACACAUAUAUGUUCAUAAACCCACACACUCAACAAAACACAAGCAACGACAACUUGUUCAACGUAGCUUCAAUCUUCUCUCACCAGAAAGACGCUGAUAUUUCAAGAAUGGGAAACUGUUGCAGAGCUGAAUCUUCAUCCUCUUCAUCCAUGAUCUGGGCUGGUGAUGAUUGGAACUCGCUGCUUAAUGACGGCGGAGAAAGCAAGAGUGUUCUCAAUGAUGCUGAUGGAGAGAGAGUUUCUUCGUCUUCACACGGGAGAGAGAUCAAGAUCAAGAUCAGUAAGAAGGAGCUAGAGAAGUUGGUGCAGAUAACCGAGGCUCAAGGACUAUCUCUAGAGCAACUCCUGCCUCUUCUGAUUAACAAGAACACAUUCGAUCGUCAUCAGUCGGGUUUCGCGAAGUACGGUGGUCAUCGUUCAUGGAGACCGGCUUUGCAAAGUAUUCCGGAGGUCAUCUAAAAGAAGUUUUCUCAUCCUUUUCUCAUUCUUUUGUUCUUUGUGUGUACAUUUUUUUUUUCUAUUCUUUUGUUCUUUGUGUGUACAUUUCUUUGUGUGUACAUUGGACAAGUCAUAGAUUUAGGUUUUUUUUUCCCAAUAUGUCAUGAUUCUUCUAGAAAUAGUUUCAUAAUUUGCUCUAAUACUAGGUUAUGGUUGGUUUGUGAAAGUGUACUUUUACAUUCUAUAUGUGUUAAUGUUGUACAUAAUAUAAUUGGGAGAUAUUAUUUG